GUCACGCUCCGAUCGGGCACCGCGGUGUAUGCCGGGAGCGGAGAGGUGGCCUGACCGAGCCCGGGAGCCCGGCCUGCUGGAGACACGGGAGCUCCCGGGCACAGGGACCGCAAGCAUUAACGUGAGAAACCUGCGGGAAAGGCAACAAGAUGAUGUGCGAGGUGAUGCCAACGAUCAGCGAGGCUGAGAUGCCUUCUGGAGGAAACGGAGGCAAUGGGUCAGGAUCAACACUACAGGGGGACUCUGAUUCUCACUUUGAACAGUUAAUGGUUUCCAUGUUGGAGGAAAGAGACAGACUGCUGGACACUUUACGGGAGACCCAGGAAUCACUUGCGUUAAGUCAAGGCAAAUUGCUGGAAGUGGGCCAUGAGCGCGACUCCUUACAAAGGCAGCUUAACACCGCUCUCCCACAGGAAUUUGCCGCACUUACUAAAGAACUUAAUAUCUGUCGGGAGCAACUUUUAGAGCGAGAGGAAGAGAUCGCUGAGCUGAAAGCUGAAAGGAACAAUACCCGGUUACUACUAGAACAUCUGGAAUGUCUUGUUUCCAGACAUGAACGCUCCCUUAGAAUGACUGUGGUGAAGAGACAAGCCCAGUCUCCAGCUGGAGUUUCCAGUGAGGUGGAGGUCUUGAAAGCUUUAAAGUCCUUAUUCGAACAUCACAAAGCUCUGGAUGAAAAGGUAAGAGAGAGGUUGCGAGUAGCACUAGAGAGAUGUAGUUUACUGGAAGAAGAACUAACUGUCACACACAGAGAGCUGAUGAUUACAAGAGAGCAGAACAACCAGAAGAAAAUAUACAACAAUGGAAAUACAGAUUUAAAUCAUGAGCAGGAUAAUGUCCCUAACGCUAAUGGCAAGAGAUCUUCAGAUGGCUCCUUAAAUCAUGAAGAGGACCUCUCAAAAGUAAUAGAGCUCCAAGAUAUAAUUGAGAAACAAACCAAGGAGCAUAGCCAAAUGAAGGAACGACUAGCUGUGCUUUCAAAUCGAGUAACAGAGCUGGAAGAAGACCUUGAUACCGCAAGAAAAGACCUUAUAAAAUCUGAAGAAAUGAACACAAAGCUACAACGGGAUGUACGAGAGGCCAUGGCACAGAAAGACGAUAUGGAAGAAAGAAUAACGACUCUUGAAAAACGCUACCUCGCUGCGCAACGUGAGGCAACGUCUGUGCACGACCUGAAUGAUAAACUUGAAAAUGAAAUUGCUAAUAAAGAAUCGGCACUCAGACAGAGUGAAGAAAAGAACCGUCAGGUUCAGGAGCGCCUGGAGCUUGCUGAGCAGAAGCUGCAGCAGACAAUAAGGAAAGCAGAGACUUUACCUGAGGUGGAGGCUGAGCUGGCACAGCGUGUAGCUGCUCUUUCAAAGGCAGAAGAAAGGCACGGCAACAUUGAGGAACGCUUACGCCAAAUGGAGUCUCAACUGGAGGAGAAGAACCAGGAGCUACAGAGGGCCCGGCAAAGAGAGAAAAUGAAUGAAGAGCACAAUAAGCGCUUGUCAGACACUGUGGACAAACUUCUUUCAGAGUCUAAUGAGCGGUUACAGCUUCACCUGAAAGAGAGGAUGGCGUCGCUAGAGGAGAAGAACGCACUUAUCCGAGAAGUGGAAGCUGCCAAGAAACUUGUAGAUGAAAUCCAGCAUGAGAAGGAUCAAUUUCUUCUUGACAUAGAAUCACUAAGAACAGAAAACGAACAGGUCCGGAUAAGGGCAACUUCUCUGCAUCACAGUCGGCCCCACCUUGGCAGUGUUCCAGACUUCAGAUAUGCACUUGGUCCUUCGUCUGGAUCCGACAACCAUGCCGAUUCCUAUAGCUCCUCAUUAGUCUUGCGUAGGCCUCAGAAAGGACGCUUGGCAGCACUGCGUGACGAACCCUCUAAGGUACAGACUCUCAAUGAGCAAGACUGGGAACGUGCUCAGCAAGCAAGCGUCCUGGCUAAUGUGGCCCAAGCCUUUGAGAGUGAUGUGGACAUCUCGGACGUUGAAGAUGACCGAGAUACCAUUUUCAGCUCUGUGGACCUGCUGUCUCCAUGUGGUCAAGCCGAUGCUCAGACUUUGGCUGUAAUGCUUCAAGAACAACUAGAUGCCAUUAAUAAAGAAAUCAGGUUGAUACAAGAAGAGAAAGAAUCCACAGAGCAACGAGCUGAGGAGAUUGAAUCCCGUGUGGGCGGUGACAGUUUGGAUAACCUUGGCCGCUUUAGGUCUAUAAGUUCAAUACCUCCCUCUUUCACUGGCUCUUCACUUGCUGGUUCUUCUCCUCCUGGUAGUGGCCGCUCAACUCCUAGAAGAAUUCCGCACAGUCCAGCUCGAGAAGUAGAUAGACUAGGUGUCAUGACCCUGCCACCAGGUACAAGGGAUGAUAUGCGAGAUGACAAAACCACUAUCCGUUGUGAAACUUCCCCUCCUCCUUCACCAAGGUCUUUACGCUUUGGCUCAAUCCAUAAAGGUGCUUUACACACCAUGAGUCAUGAAGAUAUCAGAGACAUUAGAAAUUCCACAGGCUCACAGGAUGGACAGGUGAGCAACCCCAGCAGCAGUAACAGUAGCCAGGACUCCCUUAACAAGGCCUCAAAGAAAAAAGGGAUCAAGUCAUCUAUUGGCCGCCUUUUUGGUAAAAAGGAAAAGGGCCGCCCAGGACAAAUGGGAAAAGAUUCACUUGGGUCAGGUGGUAUUCCAGAGUUUGAGAGCACUUCCCAGGAAUCCCUCGGACUUGGAAAGUUAGUGGGACAAACUGACAAGAAUCGGAAGCAGCAGAAGAAACAUGAACUCCUGGAAGAAGCACGUCGACAAGGGCUCCCGUUUGCUCAGUGGGAUGGCCCUACAGUGGUUGUUUGGUUGGAGCUAUGGGUGGGAAUGCCAGCUUGGUACGUGGCAGCCUGUAGAGCCAAUGUGAAAAGUGGCGCAAUAAUGUCGGCUCUGUCUGACACAGAAAUCCAGAGAGAGAUCGGAAUUAGUAACCCACUGCACCGAUUAAAGCUCCGUCUUGCCAUCCAGGAAAUCAUGUCCCUAACUAGCCCAUCUGCUCCUCCAACAUCUAGAACGUCUACUGGAAAUGUCUGGGUAACUCAUGAAGAAAUGGAAACUCUUACAGUCUCUCCACAAACGACUUUAGCAUAUGGUGAUAUGAACCAUGAAUGGAUUGGAAAUGAGUGGCUACCCAGCCUGGGUCUUCCUCAGUAUCGCAGUUAUUUCAUGGAGUGUCUUGUCGAUGCCAGGAUGCUGGAUCACUUGACAAAGAAGGACCUCCGUGGACAACUGAAGAUGGUGGACAGCUUUCAUAGGAACAGCUUCCAGUGUGGAAUUAUGUCCUUGCGAAGGCUUAACUAUGACCGUAAAGAGCUGGAGAGGCGACGAGAAGAAAGUCAGAAUGAAUUAAUAGAUGUCCUUGUCUGGAGCAAUGAUAGGCUAAUCCACUGGGUGUUGUCUAUCGGUCUUAAAGAAUAUGCAAAUAAUCUCCUGGAAAGUGGAGUUCACGGGGCGCUGGUUGCCUUAGAUGAGACCUUUGAUCACAAUACAUUGGCUUUAUUAUUGCAAAUACCCACUCAGAAUACACAGGCACGUGCAAUGUUGGAGCGGGAGUUCAACAACCUUCUCAUCAGAGGAACAGAUCGAAGGCUUGACGAAGAUGAUGAUAAAAGCUUUAGAAGGGCUCCAUCGUGGAGAAAGAAAUUUCGACCAAAGGAUGUGCGAGGGUUAAGCGUUGGCUCCUCAGAAACUCUUCCUGCCAAUUUCAGAGUCAACUCCACUAUGUCUUCACCUUCUAUGCAGCCAAAGAAAAUGCAGAUGGAUGGCAAUGUGUCUGGAAUACAAAGACUGGAUUCGGCCACUAUUAGGACAUAUUCCUGCUAAUACUGUCUGCAGUUUACCCACAUUACUUCUACAGAUAAUUAUGCAACAUUUGGAUCCAACCUGAGUUUUGCAGUUCCUGACCAGGGGAGUCUAAUGAAGAAGCUGUUCAGAAACAAUGAAAUAUUUUAAUACAGAGUUUUUAAUUGGAGAGUAAAGUCAUAGCUAAAUUAGAGGAAAUAUUUUAGAAUCUAUGUGUUCUAUUUCUGUAUGCCUUUGUGACACUUUAUGUAAUUCAUUUUAAUGUACAUUUUGUCCACUCUGAUUCUUAAACAUGCUUUUUUUUCCCCCCCUUCUUGUGGUUUUUCCAUUUAAACGUACUGUAACUCAGAGUCUCAACCAGUCAUCUGAGGUCUUUGGAAAUGAUUCUAGUAUUGUAAUUUAUGGGUAUAUUUCAUAAUGAACUUAAGGAAAAUGUUUUUAUUCUAUUUGUACAGUCUUAGAAAACCAAGAAAUCUGUAUCCUAUUAUAAGUAUUAGCAGUUUCGUACUAGUUUUAAAUUCCCACUUUCAAUAACCUUGUUCAGUCUUAAACCGGCCAAUCCUAUUUUUACUAUAAUCGUAGCUGGAUAUAAGGAGGAAAAUUUGGAAGUUCAUAUUUUUUGUUUUUAAUGUCAUAUCUUAUUUUAAAAAAAAAAAAGCCAUAACACAAGCAUUUUUCUUUACAAGGUGAAACAGUGAAAAAAAAAAUUCUAAACGGAAACAAAUCCCAGGCGCUUUACGGACUCUUGCUCAUAAGUGGGCCUGUAUUUCAUAUUACUUUGUACUGUGAGCUGCUGCACUUAAAACUAGUUGAGCAGCUUUGGUAAGGACCAAUUGAAGCUCUUCUUUUUAGAUUAUGUUGGUGAAUCUGUUUUUUUUUUUUAUAAAAGGCCUUAUUAUAUACUCCCUGUUCUGUUUAUGUGUUUAAAAACUACAAUCGGAUUGUGAUUUGCAAUCUUUUAAACGGUAGAGAAAAAAAAGUUUUCUUUCAAUGUGGAAUACUAAACCGUAAAUCAUUUCUGAUCAGGAUGUAUUAUUUAUUUUAUGUAACAUUAUAUAAACGACAUCUUGUGUUUCAACUUUAACUUUUUCAUGUACAAAUUGGAUUUGUUGUUACAUUUUUUUUCUAAUCCUUUUUGUGUACUUGCUGAUUAUGUAACAAAGUAUGUACAGUCUGUACUUUUGGACUAUUUUUAUCACAGUAUUAUUUAUUGCUUUCUUUUCAAUAUAAUACUGAAACAUUUUUCCACUGCCAAUAAAAGGUAAAAUAUU